AUGGAAGAGCCCUGGUGGCGCCUGAGAUUUGCACAGGUGGUCAUCACUGGCAGUUCAAGGGGCCUGGGAUAUGCACUGGCAGACCAAUUCUUGGCCUUUGGGGACGAUGUGAUCGUGAGCUCCAGGACCGAGCAGGCCUGCUUGGAGGCCGCAGAGAAGCUCACACAGAAGUACCCCGCCAGAAAAGUGCUUUCAUUCCCUUGCGACGUCAGAAAUGCAGAUGAGGCCGUUGCUCUGGCCAGAUUUGCACAGGAGAAGCUAGGCCGUCUGGACAUCUGGGUCAACAAUGCAGGCGUUUCUCAGGUGCACAAGAGCGAGUUGCAGGAAACUAGCCCAGAAGUGCUGGAGCAGGUGCUCGCUACAAACCUUCUGGGAUCCAUAUAUGGCGCGCGCGCAGCACUGCAGGUUUUCAGCGAGCAGGAGAAUGGGGGCAAGCUCUUUUUCAUCGAUGGGACAGGGUCGUGGGGAAAUGCGACGCCCGGGAACGUUGCGUACGGGGCCUCCAAGCGCGCCAUUACUCAGCUCAAGGCCAGCCUGGUGGCAGAGACGAAGAAGGAGCGGGAAAUAGCCAUCCACAUAGCCAGCCCAGGCAUGGUGGCCACAGAACUGCUGCUGGGCGGAGACAGGGACGCGCGCGCCAGCAAGUUCAUAAACAUUCUUGCGGAGGAUGCUAGCACGGUGGCUGCAUGGAUGGUGCCGCGCAUGCGAGGCGUCAGAGGCAGCGGGAAAUACUUCAAGUUCUUGACAACGCGCGGUGUGAUCUGGCGGUUCCUGACAGCCAAGGGGCGGAAGGGGCGCUUUCUGCCAUAG